UACGAUGGCUGUCGCUCCGUAUCCCAUUCAAUGCUACCGGCAUUCACAAUGGAUCGCUGUCCAGUCUGAUGAACUUCUCCCGGAGAUAUUGUUUCCGUUGGUUAGUGUCAUUUUAGUUCCUGCCGAUACUCUUCUUAUCCAAGGCGCAUACGUCGUCAACGAAGCUAUGCUGUCAGGAGAAUCUAUGCCGCGGCUGCUCAAGGAAUCCAUCCAGCUUCUCAAUAGCAGGGACACACUUGAUGUCAACGGUGUGCACAAUAACACGGUCCUGUUCAGUGGAACAAAGGUGCUCCAAGAAAAUUCAACAGGUCAAGGAAAAGUCACCGCAGCGACUCCGGACGAUGGAUGUCCAGGGCUUGUUUCGAGAACUGAUUUUGGUCACUUUUUACUGCCUGGCGAGAUUUUUGCCAAUGUUCUCGCAUACUACCUGCGAGUAUCCAUGGGUCGACCCUUUCAGGAGAAGUUUGCUGAUGUCAAGUGGGAGAUCGACGAGGAACAUCUGAAUGCUUGGCAAGGGGGAAAAACUGGCGUUCCCAACGUUGAUGCCACGAUAAGGCAGAUAGACAUCAAGGACUCAUAUUCGAUCUUAUGUUGGAUUGGCGGCUGGGAGAGAUAUUUCAUGGAAAAGCUCACAGAUGGUGAUCUUGCAUGCAACAACGGCGGUUGGCAAUGGAGUAGACCCGGUGUCUUACUUCAAAUCGUCGAUCGCGAUGCGCUGAUUCUGGAUUUGCGACAGAACCCGGCACAUGAAGCAGAUGAAACUAAGAUCAUUCCGGUGGAUCCGUCUCAGCCUUUGGACCAAAGCCUUUUCGACGAGUACGAUAUCUGUAUUACCGGUGCCGCCAUGAAGCAGUUCGAAUCUCGUCCUUCAUGGAAUGAUUGGGUACAGAACACCUGGGUUUAUACUCGUACGAUUGUUUAUGACUUGUGCUAUACUGAACGAGCUAAAGUAUCGACAGUGGUCCUUCUCAAGUCUGGCCCAUCUACAGGCAAGAUCGCUGUCAUUGCUGAGAUCAUAAACCACAACCGGGCAAUCAUUGACGGCCCAACCACCGGCAUACCACGCCAAUCCUUCCCCUACCGCCACCUCACCCUCACCCCUAUUUCUUUAACAAAACUUCCUCGCGGCGCAGGAUCCAGAAGCAAGCGGAAAAGGAGGUUUACCCCUAUAUCCUCUAUCAACACCCUCAAAGAUGAGAAGCGAGCAAUUGAAGAGAGGCGGAGAGAGGAAGAACCAGAUCCUGCGAUUUCUGCCGCCUUUAAGGUGAUAAAAUCUACUUGUGGGUUCCGAGAGUACAUCAAGCUAGUCUCAGAUGGCAGCGUGCAUCCGGCACAAACCCUCGGUCUGUCGAUCUGUCUGUGGGGUCUUCGAAAACUCACCCUUCGAGAAUGUGAUUUGGACGACUAUAAAUUGAAACUUAUGUUUCACGCACUGCUUGUACCUGACACCCUCGUUUUCCUGUCGUCGAACCGUCGCCUAAAAACACCCGCGUUUAAAGUGCUUGGUUCUUAUGCCUCAAAAGCAAAAAGUCUACAAUUCCUCGACCUCUCACAAACAAAUCUGGACAAGAAGACAGUCGACUAUAUCGUAGUCUCAUUGACAACAGCACCUGAGCCUGGUUUAAUCUCUCUCCGUCUAGACGACUGUUCUCUCAGGGUGCUAGCGCUGGACGUACUUGCCCGAGUUAUUCGUCAUUCAUCUCUUCGCAACGUUUCUUUGCGCCAGAAUCGCAUCAAUGCAACAGGAAUUGUCGCACUUGCUCUCAUGAUCCGAGACUACCCAGACGUGGUCCCUACUACUUCCCAACUCGUCUACCUUUCCUUCGCAAGGAAGCAUUAUUUUUUCGCCACCUUCCUCCCCGAUCCCCCCUUCUGGCCUGUACUGCCUCCACACCAUCCAUCGUCCAUGCCUCCUCAAACAACUUACACACCAUAUGUACCUCGUGCUCGCCGAGGUGUUGCAGCAGCACAACCUCUCCCACUCUCGGCUUCUGGUCAUCCCGUCCCCAUCAUCACAUCAUCUCCACAGGGUGGUGUCACCACCCGCCAUCUUGCACCAAAUACCGGGCCUCAAUGGUCGGAAGGCGGACUCCAUCCCAAUGGUACGGCCCACAGGCACGAUGACGGUCCAAGUGCUGCACUCCUGGACAAGGUGCGCGCUCUGGCACUGCCAAGGCUUGGAGCUCUCCACACAUUAGAUUUACGAGGCAACGACCUUCGCAAUGGGGUUACUUAUCUGGCACAAGUACUCAAACGAAACAGGACCCUUAAGGUCCUGAACUUGAGCGAGAACAAGCUGGAUGUUCAGUGCUUAGUGGCAAUUGCCGACUCGGAGGCGCUGAAAUACAAUCAUUGCUUAGAGACGUUGGAUCUCAGUCGGAAUCUCUGCUCUGGCCCUGGUCUCGAAGGCAUCCAAUCACUCCGGCGAACGGCCUUCACAUUGAAUAACGCUCUUAAACGCCUAUUGAUAUCCUCCACCAAUCUGACAUCACCAGGCGCCAUCGCACUCGCGGAAUUUCUCCCUGAAUCAAACUCGUUGCUCCACCUUGAUCUCACGGACAAUGACUUGGACAUAGCUGCCAUUAUGGCGCUGAGCUCGGGACUCAAGGCUAAUCACAUGAUGCAAUGUCUUGACGUCAAUAUACCUCCAGAUGACGAGGAAUUUGCCAGGUGA